UUUUUUUAAACAUUCUACCUCUACUUUUGGAAACACCUAGAACCUGGUUUCCGUACAUGUUCGAUCCGAUCCGGAUAAACCCGAAUCUGCCGAUCGGGUCCCAUUUUUCAAAAUCUGGGUUCAACUCUUGCCCCAAAACCAAUCUAAUCCCUGAGGGGAGGAGGGAUGACUUGAAACGACAAACCAUUUUUCCUAAUGUGCUAUCGGCCCUUACAUUCGUUAGAUUGAGAUAGUUAGGGCAUUUAUGUCAAAUACAUGCUGUAUCAAGCCGUCACCGGACGGUUCGUACCAGAAUAGAUUGCUUUAUCCUCUACUUCAUACAAGUGGCACAAUUGUCCAAGAACUUUCAUUACAGCUCUCUCGUUGUCUCUUCCACAGUCCACCACGAGUCGAGAGCCCCAAGCCUCUACUCUGUCGUAUCUCCAAUGGAGGAAAGCCACCGCUGCGAAUCCUAAUUGAUAAAGCUGCUCAUAUCAGUUCCAUUAAUGGCCGACCUCGUCGGUGGCUUUCUCGAUCGCCGCAUCCCUAAUAUCUCCUCUUUUCGUGCUUUCUACAUUUCCCGCAACGUUUCUCCGAAACGCUUCGUUACAGUUCCGUUUCCUCCCCUUAUACGACUUCCGAAGCGACAUUCAGCUCACCAUUUGUUCGCGAAGCAAUCUCCGUCAUCUACGCCGUCUUUGGAGGAGCCUCUGGCUGCCGAUUUCGACAUCGUUUCCACCACUGAAUACCCCGAUGGAAGCGUUGUUUUCCGAUUCGGAAGCGUAACGGAGAGGAACGAGGGCGUUGACGUCGUUGAAUCAUCGAGUUUCACAGAUGGAGAUUCAGCUCACGCUGAGAAAGUGAAAAGUGUGCCUUUUGAAGAAAGGAGUACCAAUGGAGCAUAUGCAAGUGGAGAGGAGGAACCGAUGAAGAAAAUGAAAUUUGCUGAAACUGAUGAAUCUGGGGAAAUCCUGCACGAAGGGACCUGUGAUGAGUCGGGGAGCGAUCAUAGCAUCGGCAGCUCCGCUGAAGUAGUUGGUUUUGUUGAAGAUAGAUUAGAAUCGGAUAGAAAGUUCCUGGAUGAUACUGUGGAAACAGAAUUACCUGCUUCUCCAGGAUCUCACUCAGUUUUGGAUGCGGAAAAUGGGGGAGCUUGCGAGCAGAAGACUACUGCUGAAGAUAUGGUACAAUUUAUGGACUUGGAGCAUGAUUCGGUCCUUGACAAAGAGGCAUUGAGCGACUCUGAGCACUUUGGAGUGAAGAACAAUGACGAUGGUCGGACUUUUACUAGUGCAAUGGAGCUGAAUAGCAUCAUUGAUAUGGAGGAUAGUAAUGCCACUGAGUUAGAAUAUGGAGAAAAAAGUCAAGAUGGAAUUAUGAUGCCUCCUUUGAGUACUGCCCAGCCUGACUCCCUUCCUCAAGUAGAAAAGGGUUAUGUCGCUGUGGAAGAUUCUGAAGAGAAGGUCAAAAGUGAAGAUAUGAAGCCUGAUUCAGUUCUUGAUUUAGAUGCAACUAUCAACUCUGUGCAAGGUUCUAGAGACAGGAAGGAUGGUGAAGCUACAACUCUUACUUCCACCGUGGUUUUUGACAACGUUCUUGAUACAGGAAGAAGUAAUGGUUCUGAGGAAGAUUCUGAAGGUAAGAGCAAGGAUGAAGUUAGGCUUCCAUUGACAGCUUCCAAGCCUGACUCUCUUCAAGAAAAUAGUUCUGGUCUUAAGGAAUAUUCUGAAGAGAUAAUUGUGAGUGAGCCUAUGUGUCUGACCGAUUCUGGGGGGCACGUAGUUGAUGUAGAAACAAGUCAUGCUCCUCAUGAAGGUUGCACAGAGAAGAAUACUUUUGAUACUACUCUUCCUUCAACUGGUGAUCGUGCUUCAAAGGUAGCAACCGUUUAUGCCUCUAAGGAAGAUGAUGAUGGGAAGACUAAAGUUGAAGUAAUGAAUCUGUCUCUAGCUGGAGAUUCUGAUCAUAUUUUGGAUACCAGAAUGAAUGCUUCGGAUAAUGUAGAAGGAUUUAACACUGGUGAAGAAUGUUUGGAGAAAAAUGUUGUUGAAAGCGCAAUGCCGAGAGACAUUGCAACCUCUUCAAAUUUUAUGGUUGAAGACACCAAAGGUGCAGUGCAUAGCAAGGACCAAGCAGAAGCUUCAUGGGCUGUAGAACUACCCGGUGUUGAAACAACCCAAAGUUCGAGUAGGGAGAUUGCAAGCUCAACAGGUGGGCUUUUCCUUUCUUCAGGUGCUGCAAUGUUGCCACAUCCUUCCAAGGCAUUGACAGGUGGAGAGGAUGCUUUUUUCAUCACAAAAAAUUGGGUUGGUGUAGCUGAUGGAGUGGGUCAAUGGUCACUUGAAGGUAUUAAUGCUGGACUUUAUGCCCAAGAGCUUAUGGAGGGUUGCACAAAGAUGGUUUCAGAUUUUCAAGGAGCUCAAAUAAUCAAGCCAGAAGAAAUUCUUAUUCAAAGUGCUUCAGUGGCACAUUCUUCUGGCUCAUCUACAGUCAUAGUUGCAUAUUUUGACGGUCAGGCUCUCAAUGUGGCAAAUAUUGGGGAUUCUGGCUUCAUUAUAAUAAGAAAUGGCUCCGUCUUCAGAAGGUCCUCUCCAAUGGUUUAUGAGUUCAAUUUUCCAUUGCAGAUUGAAAAAGGGGAUGAUCCAUCAGAGCUUAUGGAGGGAUACAAAAUUGAUUUGGAUGAGGACGAUGUGAUCAUCACUGCAACGGAUGGGCUUUUUGAUAAUCUAUAUGAACAAGAAAUAGCAUCCAUUGUAUCAAAAUCAUUGGAAGCUGGUCUGAAACCUGAGGAAAUAGCAGAAUUCUUGGCGACAAGAGCACAAGAAGUGGGGAGGUCGUCUUCAGUAAGGAGUCCAUUUGCAGAUUCUGCCAAGGCGGCUGGGUACACAAGAUAUACCGGUGGCAAGCUUGAUGAUGUUACUGUCGUCGUUUCUUUUGUGCAACAGAGUUCCAGCUUUCCCUCCCAGUGAUUCAAUCUUCUGUGUAAUACUUAAUUUAAGGUUGUAAAUACCAACAAUGAAGGUAGAACAUCUUAUCUUCACAGUUGUAAAGGAUUCCUGUAAGGCCAUAUUUUCAAUGGGUAUUACUUCCAUGUCAAAAUAGCCAUUCAAGAUUCAUACA